AAUCAUGAAAUAAAUAGUGAAAAAAAUAAAGAAAAUUAUGUAUUUUAAUAAUAAAAAAAAUGAGUGUUAAUUAAGUGUAAAAAAAUAUACUUUGUAUAUAAAUUUAAUUAUAGAAAAAAAGAAAUGUAAGAAGCCUGAUAAAAGUAGGAAAUGUUAAAAAAAAUAUAUAAUAAAUGAAAAGAAAAAAAUCUAAAAGGAAAAAUAAGUGUACACGCAUACACUCAUACAUACUUAAUUGCAAACGUUUGUAUGUAUAUGUCAUAUUAAUAACAUGUUUUUAUGCUGAAAUUUAAGAAAUAAAAAAAAACUGGAGGCCUUUUUAGUGUUAAAAUUAUAGCAGACUUUUAAACGAAAUCCUUGAGAGCUUAAAUAAAUAAAAAAAUUAAUUUAUUAACAAAAAGCUUAUCAAGGAUCAGUGACGCAACACAAUGGAUUGGAGUUGGGCUGUUGGUGGUGUAACAAAUGAAACUCCACGUACAAUGGGACCGGAAUGUGAAAAUUACAUGACCGAUCGUAGACGUUGGAUAGAGGCGGUUUUAUUUUGUAUUCUCUUCACUUGCAUUAUCAAAUGGGCUACGAAACGUAUGGAACCCAUACAAAUACCAGAUGCCAAAGAACUCGAGAAACCACACUCAACGACACGUCUAAUGCUAUUGAUAUUUAUGACGUUCAUAUUUGGCAUAGAAAUGGGUUUUAAAUUGGCAAAUAGAUCUGUGAUAUUCGUUUUAAAUCCUUGUCAUAUCCAAACAUUAGUGCAAAUAUAUCUUUUAGCCGCCAAGCCUAAUAAAUUGACUAUAACAUUAUUUAGAAUACAAAUGAACAAUUUAAAUGGACCAGUUUUGGCUUUCGUAUUUCCCGAAGUCGACUGCAGAACAUUACCCUUCGAACAGGCAACAUAUUGGAUUCAACAUGCCAUGCUGUAUAUAAUACCGGUCUACAUUAUAAGAACGGGAGCUUAUCAAGUGGAAGAUAUAAAAGACUUUAAUUGGGCAAUAAUAGGUGUAGAGACACAAUUAAUAUAUCAUUUUGGAGUAUUAAACUUUUUUUCAAUACGGACUGGCAUCAAUUUAAAUCAUAUGUUAUGUGCCGCUGAAUCGGAUCCCUUUCAAGGCGAUAACUAUCGUAUAGCCGCUGUGAUACAUGAGUCAAUUCUUUGUCCCAUUUUAAAUAAACUGACAGUACUAAUUUUUAGUACACCGAAGAGUAUUCAAUAUAGUACAGCAACAAUGCGUAACCAUAUGCAACAAAAUAAAAAACAUGAACAACAACAAUAUUCAAAGUUAACAGCAAAUACAACUUCAACUACAACCACAUUACAUCAAAAUCAACUACAACAACCGGCCAUUAGUGAAACAAAAUAUUUCGCCGACGAAAGAUCGAGAUUAGCAACAACAACAACAAAUCUAAUACAUCGUAAAACAGCAAAUGCAACAGAUUAUCAACAACAUCAUCAUCAUCAUUCACCACAACAUCAAUUACAACAACAAUUAACAGAACACGAAGCCAAGGUAGAGACUGGGUUUAAAGGCGACUAUAUAUUAGAGCCCGACGACAUGGACAUGGAAGUCAUAGACGCCUCAACAACGUCUGCAACUAAUGCUAACAUAACGGCUGAGUAUACAAUGCCCACGACUAAAAUUGAUUAGUAUUUAUAGCAAUUUCAAAGAGUAUUUAUUGUCCGACCGAUCUAAACAGUAGUCAAUAUUCGUAAAAAGGAGUUAUUCUUAAAGAGUAAGAACUAAGGAUUAAGAUUUUUUUGAGUUUUUAAUGUAAUUUUUCCAAAAAACUUUUAAUUUUUCAGAAAUUUUUGAAUAAGAACUAUAGCGAUUAAGGUUCCCAAGUUUUUUUUGAGGUUUUUAACUGAUUUUUUCAAAAAUGUUCGAUUUCUUCUAAAAUAUUUUGUAAUUGACAAAAUGGUAUCCAUUGAUAACACAGGCCAAUAAAAUUUUACAAAAAGUCGAAAUUCAUAGAUACAUUGUUAAAGAAUCGAGCUCUUUUAAAUCCGAAUCUGGUAUAAAAAUGUCUUCGUCACAUCAGAUAUUGUGUACUGAAGUUUGGAAAAACACUGAUUUUGGUCAUAUUUGAGACGUUAUAACUGCUCGAAAACACCAUUAUUUAUAAAGUUUGUUAUAUCAUCUGAAAUUCCAAUAUAUCUCGAAGAAAGAAGAAGAUACAACAGAGGUUAAAACCUUAUUUUAAAGUUCACAGAUUGGGCUUUCGGAUGACAUAAUGUAUUUUAUAAAUAAAGUUGUCUUUGCACGACGUUAUACGUCUCAAAUUUUAACUUGAUCCAUGACUUCAGUUCGAAACUAUCAACUUCAGAACAGUGUGAAAUAACUAAUUCCUUGGAUACUCUUUCAAAAAACUGAUUCCUUGAAAACAUUUUUGGAAAUACUUUAGAACCAAAAUGUUUUCCAGAACAAGUUCUAUAUAAUGACAACAUCUCUUACUAUAAGACUCUCAAGUGGUUCUCUUUGUACUCGUUCUGGAACUAGAGUUUAUAGAUAAAAUUCUAAAACUUUUGUAGAUUCAUUAUAUAGUCAACAUUCGUUCUACAAACCGGUUCUGAAACCAGUUUUUUGUUUAAUGAUUUUAGUUCGAAAUUAUCACCUUCAAAACAUAGGCAAAGAACUGAUUCCUUGAAAACUCUUUAGAAGAGCUUUAGAAUCAUAUAAAUGUUCCGCAGAACAAGUUCCAUAUAUUUUAGCUGGAACUAAAGUUUAUAGAAUAAAUUAUAAAACUGUUAUAGAUAAAACUUUUGUUCUACAAAACGAUUCUGAAACCAGUUUUUGAUUAAUUAUUUUAGUUCGAAAUUAUCACUUUCAAAACAGUUUAGAAGAACAAGUUUCAUAUAUAUUUCGAUGACAUCUCUUAUAUAAAGGUUGUUAUUCAAGAAUCUCAAGUAGUUCUGGAACUAUUGUUUUUUAAACAAAUUUCUAAAUUAUUUCAUUAUAUAACUUGUAUUCCUUCGUCUAGGGUUCUGUAGAAGCUUUGUAGAGCAAACUACAAAACAGUUCUGAAAUCAGCAUUUUAGAAGUAUUUUAUAACUAAAACAAUAAGCUACUUUUUUUAUUUUAAGGUUAGGUUAGGUUUUAGAAGCUGACUCAAUUGGGCCUAGUAUAGGUGCCGUUGUGAUACCCAAACGGAUCAAAACCGCGAUCUACCGAGUUGACAUGAUAGGUAACGUAAUAAUCCAACGUGUGACAAGGAUGAAGGAAACUAUCUAUCUAUCAUCAACGUCAGAGAGAUCCCCCAAGUCAUGCAGGACACUUGUAAAGUCGAGCAGGACACGGAUUCCUCAUCCUCAUUUGUCUUCUAAAGUUGCAAUAAUGAGGUCGAUUAGUAUAUUCUAAUGUUGUUAUUUAAGAUCUGUCAAGUGUUUCAGUUCUUUGAAGUUACAAUAGGAAGUUCCCAAGGAACUCCUUCAUUUUUGGAAUCUAUUCUGAAUCGUUAUAACUAAUUUUAAAGUUUUUAAAAUAUAGAAAAUUAUAUAAAUAUUUGCUCAAUUUAAAAUUAUUUUUAUGAUGUUGUCAUUUAUCCCGUUUCCCUUAAUAGACAAGGACAAAAGGUGCAAUACAAUUUUAAAUUGUUAACUCUGUUUCUAGUUAAAUCUAUAUAAAUCGGUCGGAUUAACAGUAAAAUGUAAUAUAACAAAAACUCCUAAACAAAAACAUUAAAAACAACAACAAAGUUUUUAAAUAAUUUAUUUAUUUCCUUCCUUCUUUUUUGUGUUAACUUUUUCUUUGGUUGUAAUAGUUUUUUUUUAUACUACUAUUGUAAAAUUGUUAAAAGAAAAAUUAUAAUAAAAUCAAAUAAAAUUUAUUAAAAACGCUGUUAAAAAACUCAUGGCUUAAAAAUUCUCCUUUUUAUAUAAAAAUUAAAAAAACCUAUAAAACAUUAA